AGCGCAGCGAGAGCAGAGGCAGUCAGAGAGAGUGAAAGCGCUCAGAGCUCAGAGCAUGUCGCCUCCUGUUGCUGCACCUCACUGUGGGAUCUGCUGUCGACCUUUCAGACUCUACACAUGAACGCAGAGAGCUUUUUUUACGCGUUUACUCGCUAUGUGCGACCCGGAGGCUCGGCGGAGUGAACCAGCACGGCGUCUGUUCUGAGUCCGGAGGGGAAAACCAGGCUCGUCUCUGCGGGGAUUUUUUUUUUUUUUUUGACACAACUUGGCAGAGAAGUCGCUCGCUGUUGUUGCCUCUACUGGAGGAGGUUUGUUCGGAGCUGUUUGCAGAAAAAGUGUGAAACAAGUGUCGGAAAGAGAGCAACAGAUGUGUAUUCGUGGAUAUGCGGCCGGCUGAGGAAUGAGAGCAGCGGCGAGGCACCGGCGGCCCUUCCAGCGGUUCUGCUGCUGUGGAGUCGGGCUGGUCGCAGUCAUUUGGCUCACACAGGUUAUCCAGGCACCAGAGGCGGAGUCUUCUUGGUUUUGGCCAGGCGUGAAUGACGGGGCGCUGCGAUGGACUCGCAGGCUGAUGCAGGAGAAGUCAGACAACCAGAGCCUGGAUCAGCCCCGAGCAGCCAUCCAUGAGUUUCCAGAGGACAUCUUUACCAAGGAGCAGAGGAAGAAGGGGGCUGUGUUUCUGCAUGCACUCUGUGCCAUCUACAUGUUCUACGCGCUGGCCAUCGUCUGUGAUGACUACUUUGUCCCUUCCCUUGAGAAAAUAUCUGAGAACCUGCAGCUCAGUGAAGAUGUGGCUGGGGCGACAUUUAUGGCUGCAGGAAGCUCUGCUCCCGAGCUUUUCACCUCUCUUAUUGGUGUUUUCAUCACCAAAGGAGACGUCGGAGUCGGCACGAUCGUGGGCUCUGCGGUCUUCAACAUCCUGGUUAUCAUCGGCCUGAGUGGGAUCUUUGCGGGCCAGACUGUGCAUUUGACGUGGUGGUCUCUUUUUCGAGAUUCCUCCUACUACAUCCUCUCUGUACUGACUCUCAUCAUGGUUAUCUAUGAUGCUACAGUUGUCUGGUGGGAGUCCUUGCUCCUCAUGACCAUGUAUGGAAUCUACAUUAUAAUCAUGAAGUUCAACUCCCAGAUUCUGGCGUUUGUGACGCGCCAGUUGAGAAACGUCAGGCCGUGCUGCGUCGGAUCAGAGGAUCCCAGAGAGGACAAGAUGGGAGAGGAUGCCUCCGCUUGCAACACCUCCAUGGUGCUGCUCAACAAAGGUCAUGGUCAAGUCCAUGGUCAGGAGCCUCCUCCGGUCAUGAUGGUGGAUGAGCUUCUCAUCCUCAACCCCCACAAACUGUCCUUCUCUGAGGCCGGCUUGCGUAUCAUGAUCACAGCCCACUUUUCCCCCCGCACCAGGCUCUCCAUGGCAGGACGCAUGCUCAUCAGUGAGAGACAGAGGCAGAUCCGGACUUCGAAGAACCAGCGGGUCUGUGAGGCGGGCCCCGGGUCAAGAGGCGGGUCAACCAGCAACAGCCUGAAGAGGACGGGCUCCUGCAGCCUGGAGAAUGGAGGAGGGAUAGGAGACGCAGAGUUAGCAGAUAAGCCAGGGGUGGAGGUGUGCCAGCCAGAGGAGGAGGAAGAUGAUGAAGAUGGGAUUUUCAGUCCUGUGCGCAUACCAGGUGGCUGCUGUGCGCGGGUGAAGUGGGUGAUCACAUGGCCUCUGGGCCUCCUGCUCUACUGCACUGUGCCUAACUGUAUUCUGCCACGCUGGCACCGCUGGUUCAUGGUCACCUUUGUGGCCUCCACCCUGUGGAUCGCUGUGUUCUCCUACCUCAUGGUGUGGAUGGUCACCAUCAUCAGCUUCACUCUAGACAUCCCUGACUACAUCAUGGGCAUAACCUUCCUGGCAGCAGGGACCAGCGUGCCAGACUGCAUGGCAAGUCUGAUUGUAGCUCGACAAGGCAUGGGGGACAUGGCUGUGUCUAACUCCAUAGGCAGCAAUAUCUUUGACAUCCUGUUGGGUUUGGGUUUCCCCUGGGCUUUGCGUACCCUUGUGGUGGACCACGGAUCAUCAGUCUUCAUAAAUAAUAAAGGGCUGGUGUAUUCUGUCAUCCUGCUGUUGGCUUCUGUGUUUCUGACAGUGACAAGUGUUCAUCUGAACCACUGGAAGCUGGAUCGCCGGCUGGGUCUGGGUCUGAUGUUUCUUUAUGCCAUCUUCCUGCUCUGCUCCAUCCUCUUUGGGCAGAUGUGAGGCCUUAAGGUCAAAGGUCAAACCCGGUCAGACAGCAUGCCGAGUACCUACCUUCCUAGCACAUGUCCUCUUUUGUGAAGCCAAAAAAAGAAAAAAAAGAGUGACAUCAUUGUUGUGUUCCUUGUGAGAGUUUCUGUGCACCUCAAUAGGAGUCGCUAGGAUGAUACUGUACACAUGCAACCACACAAACACACUGAAAUCCAUCAAUAGCACAGUCGUUGUUCGAAAGCUGUCAAUCCAUUAUGUAUCAAAUUGGGUGACUGACCAAAAAAAUUGAAUGACAUGGCAGAUGGAAGCUGCUGGAUUGUUGAGCCAAGAUGAAACAGGAAAAAAAACAGUUCUGGCCCUCAUUAGCUGGGUUGUUGCACAGUGUUGUGGCUAUGCAGCAGCUAACUGAUAUUAUAAUAAUUAUUAAAAUUCAGUUUACAUCCCAUAACAAAUUUGACAUUAUAUUACAUGCCUGUUUUUAAAUUUGAAUGUACAAAAAUGAAUCUUUUGGCCUUUUCUGUGAACAUUUGUUGCGAAAAGCAGCAAUUUUGAAGAAGGUCAGCUCCGCUAAAACUCUGCCAAAUUAGUUUACUAGCCUACUAGCUAACACGCUACGAAUCCAAACUGCUUCUGCUUAAUAAUUACUUUUUGAAUAAAUUAUGUGCUAAUACUAUUUAAUUAGAGCAAUAAGCCAUUAGAAGCAACACACAUACACGCUUCAACGCGUUGAUUUACAUGACACAUGUCACAUUAAUUGUUAAUAUUCCACACAGUGAACUUAAAUGAAGAGGUCUUAAUGACACAAAGGUCUUGUUCUGUUGGGACUAUUGCAGCUCAUUUCCACUGAGUCUACUGUUCAAUUUAUCUAUAAUAUUAAUGUUAAUUAUUGUGAAUGCUGCUGCAGCCAAGCAAAUAAUUAACAGGAUUGUUAGGUCGCUAGUUGGCUUAAUUAACAACACAGUAAACAAAAGUCAUUUCCAAAAGGGAAAUGUACCAUUUAUUAUCCUGCAUCUUCUCUGCUGCUGUAUCCACAUAUUAGCUCCUCAGGAUUUUUAGAGACACUAAUCAAACAGUUUUGGGAGGGUAUGCAGAAGCAGCAGACAGCUGCAGUUAUGAUUUACUGCAGGUGAAAUGAGCCGUUAAAGUGAGACUACCCAUUAAAAACCCCACAAGGCUACAGUACAGAACAAAUUGUCUUCAAAACAAGUCAGGGACCAGGAUGUGUGACAAGAGGCUGAAGUUCAAAUGCGGCUGUGGUGAUAAUGGAAGUUCUUCAUGUUGUUCAUUUAAAGAAGCAGUGCUGUAAUCUGCCAUGUCAUGCAUCAGAUUAAUUGAAUUGUCUGUUGGCCUUAGGUUUGAAUACCCUUGUAUGUUUUGAAUGUACACCCUAGCUGACUUUACCAUUAGUGUGGAAAUAUUUACAUGCAUUCAAAUGUAGCAGGCGGCACUGAAUUACAGCGAAGAACCUCUGAACAGACUGUGAGGUACUUAUUAGUUCUACAAUAAAGGACACCGUGUAUCUGUCAGAAGACUUUUAGAAUAGAACCAUUGAUAUGAAAAUGCACAUUAUUGUGACAAUAUUUUGACGAUUUUGCCUCACUACUUAUAAGCAAGUAUUGGUACAGCUUAAUGUACGUAAGAAGUUUUACAGUAUUUUUAGGUCUUAUUACUAUGAAAUCUAAUAUAUAAUGUACUUCUAUGAGUGUCACAAACUUUGACUUUGAGUGCAGGUUAGUUGUAACAUUCACGUUUAGGUACAACAAUCGAUGUUUGUAUUGUUUCUUGUACAUUUUAUGAGACUAAUUCACUUUGGUGGAACAUUUUUACAGUUUGCACAAACUUGGAUCAGGACGGACACAGAACAAUAUACACUCACACAUAUAUACUGGUGUGUGUGUCAUAGCAAAUAAUGCUGCAUACUCCAUAUUCAUGUAUUCACCAGCUGCUCUUCUGUCCUGUAGGAAAGCACAACAAUCUGGAUUCAUUCCCGUAAUACAAUAAUUUUUAGUUUUUUUGAGGAUGACAUGCUGUCAGUUUUUUUUAUUCAUGAAUUCAAGAUCUGUUCCACCAAAGGGAUGAGGGUUUUGUUUUUUUUUCAAAUGGCUGUGUAAUUAUUAUCAUUGUCUACUUGACAAUACUUUUUACUGUUUGUAAAUGUUAAAUAAUUUACAUAGUUUUACGAUAAUGAAUGUCUGACAGAGACUAGUUUUGUGGUGUUUUUGAUAUUUAAAAAAAAACAAAACAAUGUAGCCUACUUGUGAAUUAUAACAGAAUGAUACAAUAUUUUGUCACUGUUUAGUGGAAUAUGAAGGCUCUAACAUCAGACUAGCAGUCUAAUGAAUUCAGUUGCAGUUGUAUUUUCAUCUUUGAAUCUUUUCAGCACUAAGAUUUUCCUUUAUUUCAGUAUUGAUUCAUUGACACACUCAACCUUAUUUCAUGCUGAAACACACACAAAAUGAGACUCUUAUUUUACAGGUUGAAAUUAAGUUUGAAAAAACAAAGUUUUAAUGAAUGGCUUGAAUAUUCAAAUUAGUGAGUGUAAAAGCAGUUAAUUGAGUUUUUCUCAAUUGUUGAAAUUAGUUUUGACUUCAUACUGACAGUUUAUUGAAACCAUUCUCCCCUUUGAACUGGAGAAAUACCACUUAAUUUGGAUGACAGUACGUAUUCACCCCUUUUCCCACUAAAUUGUCUCAGAACCUUUAAUUGUUUCAUCUAUUAUUCAUACUUUCUUUUUUAGGGACAGUUUAAAAGUGUAGUUGCAUUUUUAACACACUUAAUCUCAUCUGCUCAAAUUUUAUUGCACGAGUUUUGAAACCAGAUCCCAUCAGUGAAUGUUAAUGGGGUUUUAGAGUGACGGAUGACUUUUAAAAUGCGAAAGCCAAAAAGAAAGAAGAAAAAACGUGAUAAUUAUCCUGCAAAUGUCUGUCAGAAGCUGCACUUUUCUAUCAGAAAAGUGCUGUCAAGGUUGGAGUAAUAGUUGGUAGGUAAGCUUUUGUGUGUCACUCACCAUUAACAGAAAACUCUGAACCAGUGAUGAAACAAUAAGUCAAUGAAUCGUUUAGUUGAUCAGCAGAAAAUUGACAGUUAUUCUGAUAAUCAGUUAUUUCUUUGGGUCAUUUAUCAAGCAGAAAAGCCAAACCUUCACUAGUCAAAGGAUUUGGUGCUCUUCCUCUUUGAGACUGUGGCGCUGGAUGAGCAAAGCAAUUGCUUUGUCGGGCACUGGACAAAUUGGGAAACUGAGAUGGGAUUUUCUCUAAUUUAUGGAUUAAAAGAUUGAUUGAUUAAUUGCAAAUAUAAUUACAGAUUAAAACAUUAGAAUGAAAAUAAUCCUUGGUUUCCUACUUUUAAUUUGUCGUUUUUGUUUAGUUUGCAUCACCGAAAAACAGACACUGUCUUUUCAUAUCCUCUAUUUCCAUCUUUUUUAAGCAUUUUCAACCGCAAUUCAUUGUUUUACCAGGUGACAAGUUUUUUCACUCAGCUGUUGGAAGUCUCUGCUAUAAACUCUUGUAUUCAAAUCUAGUAAUAAUUUCAAUACAUCAGUCAUGGCUACAGAAAGACACAACAGCUCCAAACCAAACCAAGCUGAACUCCCGUACAUGUUGUGGUUUCACAGCACAGAGGAUGUUCUGUUUAUUCUGCUGUGAUGUUGGAGGUAGAAGAAGAAUAUUUUAGUUAAAUUUUAUUGCUUUAGAGGUCGUAUUGGAUCAUAGAAGACUGUUGUAUCUUGAGUGCAAUAAAAAAUGUGCAAUAACAAAUCA